GACGCUUGACCACUCCAUUUCACUUCACUACAUCCUCGGAUUACCUGCGAUUUAAGCGCCCCAACUGGAACCUUAGCGUCUUCAUCAAGUGCACCUCAAAAUUACCUGCAAAAUGAGUAGUUUAACACUUUAACUUCAACCCAACAUCGCUUUUUUUCAGUGUACCGAGUAUCAACCACUUCUCAUUUUCAGGUUAUCCAUGUUUUCAACGGUGUGUUAUAAUAAAAAAAAAAAAAACUGAGGGACUGAAAAUUAGGUUGAUGAUUCACUGUGAAUGCGUUUUUGACUAAAAAAAUAUCGAUUUUUUCUGGCGUCUGAAGAUGGAAGACUCCGCAGCAGGUGGUGGUUCUGGAAAUUUCAACCCAUAUGGAGGUAAAACUGUAGAAGAACGUGAAGAUAUGAUUCGGAAAAGCCUUAGAACUCCAACAGUGAAGUUUCUGAAAGAGAAUUUUGAGAAAGCUGGUUGUGCUUUUGGGGAGAAUUUCAUUAAAGCUAUCAAGUGUGAUAAUAAGAUUGGUGGUGGAUAUUCUCGUGGUAAAGGGGCCCUAGUAUGUAGUAACUAUAUGAACUUACAAGAUGAUGUGAAUCAAGUGGUUAUCCAUGGACUGAUUCAUGCUUAUGAUGACUGUAGGGCUGCAAAUUUAGAUUGGACUGAUUGCGCUCAUCAUGCGUGCAGUGAGAUUCGGGCUGGACAUCUAAAUGGUAAUUGCCAUUAUAUGCGUCAGUUCCUGCGUGGGUUCAUGAAGUUACGAGGUCACGAACAAGAAUGUGUAGGAAGAAGAGUUAUGAAGUCAAUGGCUGCAAACCCAUAUUGCUCAGAAGUAGCUUCAAAGGAGGCCAUGGAUGCUAUACAAAGAGAUUAGAAAUUGGUCCCUGAGCAACCCCUUCUUGUGGUAUCACUUGCCAUGGUUGGAGGUUCUCACAUUUAUUAUAAUGAAAUCUACUUUCUUUCUGGCACUUUGUAUUUUCCGGACUCAUUUUGAGCACUCGGAUUAACACAUCAAUUUUCAGUCGGUCAUUAGGAUUAACACAUCAUUUAUACAUUUUGAAAACAAACCUGAUGAU